CAGUUUCGGUCUCUUUUCCAACAGCGUGCGGUGUCAAUGUCAAGCUCCCGGUGUUGGUAUUAACUCACUGCGAACUGUAAACUGCAAACUGCAAACUGCAAUUGGCAGCGAUUAGCAGUAUCUGCUAUGAUCAGUCGGAUAGUCGGAUGACGUGAUAUGCCGUGUAUCGUGCAAACGGUGGAGAAUCUAUUGCAGGUGUAUUUACAGCAACGUGAGAGAGAAUAUUCGUCUGUCCGUCGUGCUAAUCGAUGAGGCGCAUUUGUACCGUGUCAAGCUUGGAAGUCUUCCAUCGAGAUUUCGUGACACGUUUACGAUGUAGACAUCAUCCGUCGUGUCCGUGAUAAGGGGCGAGCCUCGGACUUGAAAGAUCAAGUUUAUUUCUUCGUAUAUACAUGCGAUACAUGUCGAGAACGAAACGCUGCCUGUGCGACGUGGAAACCAUAUUCUGCCUCUUUCUUUCUUUCUUUCCGCCAUGCUCUGUCUCUAGUUUAUUCUACCCUUUCCUCUUCCUCAUAACGGCACGUCUUAUUCUAUAUAUGAUCCUCUUGCUUUUUUUUUCGCCGUGAUUGUAAUUUUCUUUCUUCCUAAUCUCUGCGCCACGUACGACUCGCCGGUGUUUCUCGGUUUUUGUAUUCAACCGUGCAUAAGUGUACACAAACACAGAGUGCUACUCCGAUAAAUACGUGGACGACAAGAAUAACUAUCACCAGCAUUGAUGAUACUGGUUAUGCGACACGCUUAAGGAAAUGUGCUUAGCGCCAGCCACGAGCCACGAAAGAUUUAGAAAGUGCUUCAACGAUUAGAAAUAUUUCAAAAUUCUUUCAAUCAUGCCGAUGGAAUUUUUAGACCGAUUACCGGUUCCAAACCUCCGGUUAUACACCACCAUAAGCUUUGCUAUAUUAUCCUGUUCUAUAUAUUAUGCCACUCAAAUAAUCAAGGAUCCUACUUGGAGAACGAAUCAUACGCACAUCGAUGCUAUAACCACAGAGGAAACUAAUCCGACGGAUCCGAGAAGUCUUGGCAUGCAUUUCAAAGAACUUCUAGAAUGUAUGGUGGAUGAACCUGUCUGCAUUUGGACUUUGAUCAACAUGGCUUACUGCGUAUUAAUUCUUCUUGGCAAAUCUAUUCAGAAGCUCGUAUUUGGUGAACUACGUGUUUCGGAAAGACAACAUCUGAAGGACAAAUUUUGGAAUUUUGUUUUUUACAAAUUUAUUUUUGUUUUUGGCGUUUUGAAUGUACAAUAUAUGGACGAAGUCGUACUCUGGUGGGCAUGGUUUACGGCGCUCGGUUUUCUGAGUCUUCUUAGUCAACUCUGCAAGGACCGGUUUGAAUACCUAUCCUUUUCACCUACCACACCAGGAUGGAGUCAUGCGCGACUUCUCGGAUUGUUGGCGGCAAUUCUUGCAUUAUCUUCCUUCAUGCUUUUAUUGUCCACUGCUGCAGCCUUUUUCUUCAUAUCUUUCAACACUUUUGCUUUUAUGGCAGCCGAGUGCAUCUUGCUUGGAGUACGUACUAUUCAUGUGAUGCUACGUUAUGUGAUUCAUCUGUACGAUACACGUGGCGCUGGUACUUCGGCGCAACGCUCUUGGGACAAACGUGGUCCUUUGACCUACUACACGGAUUUGAUUUCGGAAUUGAUUGUGUUGGCAGUCGACUUUCUUCAUCACAGUCACAUGCUUUUGUGGAGUAACAUCUUUCUGAGCAUGGCAUCGCUAGUAAUUUGCAUGCAACUUAGAUAUCUAUUUUAUGAGAUACAACGAAGAAUCACAAAGCACAGGAACUAUUUAGCUGUACUAAAUCAUAUGGAGCAAAAUUAUCCAAUGGCUUCGCAAGAUGAAUUAGCUGAGAAUUCUGAUAAUUGCGCAAUAUGUUGGGAAAAAAUGGAAAGCGCUCGUAAGUUACCUUGUGCACACUUGUUUCACAACACAUGCUUACAAUCUUGGUUAGAACAGGACACUUCGUGUCCCACUUGUCGAUUAGCCUUGAGUAUGCAGGCAAAUCACAGAGAGAAUGCUCCGGAAAUACCACCUGAGCCACAGACACCUACGAGAAGAAACGGCAAUCAUUUCUUUCUCUUCCUCGAUGGUUCAAGAUAUGUAUCUUGGUUGCCCAGUUUUUCUGUCGAAGUCUCACAUAAUAGGCUACGUGGUAACAUCUCUACAUUGGCACAUACUAAUUCCCAGAUGGAUGCUAUGGCAAGACAGGUUCAACAACUUUUCCCUCAUUAUCCUCGCAAUGUGAUUCUGGAAGAUCUUAGAAUGACCCGAUCAAUCGAAUGGACAGUUGAAAAUAUACUCGAUGGAGUAUUAACUAUACCACAUCAUUUAAUCGAAGAACCACAAGCAGAAUCCGUCCCACAGACGCAAACGAGCAUGACAAAUAUUAUGCCCAGUUCUUCGGUCCAAAAUUCAUCAGAUCCUAGAUUCGAUAUUCCAUUUGCUGAUAGUUAUUAUUCUUAUAGCGGAGAAGAACCUUCAAAUCUUGGUGGACGUUUCUCGAAAUCAUCUGCUGAGAGAGAAAUUAUACUUCAACGGCGAAAAGAGCACAUGCGAUUAACAGCACGCAGAAGAUAUCUAGAGAAGCAUCGAAAAUCCGACAUUGAGUCGACAAAUUCAUAGAUAAUGAAUACUGAAAAUGUUAUAUCUUAGAUAUAAUAAGCAGCUAUAAGACCUGAUAUUAUUUUGAAUUUAGUUCAGAGUUUUUCAUAGCUGAUGUAAAAUUGGCAGGCUGCAUAUUUCUUCUUUUCGAAUAUGAGACAAGAUUGUAGACAACAUAUGUACUCUUUGCUGAUGACUGAUCAUUAAAUACAGCAAGGAUAUGUCGAAAAAUUUUUGCGUGUUUAAGAGUUAACGUUUUUAACGUUCCAAGAAAACGGCAAAUUAAAAUCACAGUCAAGAGAUUAGGCAUGACAAUUUUGUUAAGAAUAUCGAAAGGUUGUGAAUGAUAUACUCAUGAUGAUUAUUAGCAUUGUGCUUACCACUCAAUGCUAUUGAGUAGUGAUAAAAUCUGCAAUGAGUUGAAUAAAUUAUACUAGAAGACGAAAUAUUAAAAUUUUUAUGCAAUCUUACUUAAACACCAUACCAUUGGUGAAACUUACUAAUGCCUACCGUGAUGUAUAAUAUAUACAGUUUAGGAAAUAAAUUGUUAGAAGAUACAGUUAAUCUUAUUAGGAGCUCUUUGAUAAAGAAUUAUAAAUUGCAUUGUCGUCCACUUUUGGACAGAUUAAAAUCUUCGUUUUAAAUCAUCUUAUUUUUCUUGUACAAUACUCUUUAUAUAAUUUUUAAGAUAACAGUAAAAAAAAAACAAUUUAUAUAUACAAAUACAUCAGAGUAUAUAUAUUCUCUAAUUAUAAUAAUUAUACCAAAUCUUAUAAUUUAAUAUAUGUAUUUAGUGUGCCAUAAGUGAAUUAAAGUGUGAGAUGUGCCAAUAAUAAGUAUUGAUUUAGUUAUGCUUAGUAGAACUUUAACAAUUGUUUGAAAAAGAAAGCGGAAUCUACCAUACUUGUAUACAUAUAUGUGUACAUGUACACACACACACACACGCGCGCGCGCGCGCGCACGCACACACACACACGUUAUAUUGGAUCAUAUAACAACCAUAACUUAAUAAAUUUGAUGUACACUAUUGGAAUAAUAUUUCAUAUGUUGUUACAACGAUAAAAAUAAAAUCAAUAUAUAAUUUUGAUGAGUAUAAUUUAUGAUAUUAUAGAAAUGUGUAACAAAGAAUUUUGUGCAAAUGCUGCAUUUUCUUUAUUUGCGAAUAAAUGUUAACGUUAUUGUUGGGUGCCUCUAAUACUAAAAAACAAAAAAAAAAACAAAAAAAAACAAAAAAAAUAUUUUACUCUAUUUUUGUUAUAUAAGUCAUGAUCAUUGUUCAAAAGAAAAUGCAGCAUUUGCACAAAGUUCUUUGUUACACAUUUCUAUAACAUCAUAAAUUAAACUUAUUAAAAUUAUAUAUUGAUUGUAUAUUUAUCGUUUUAACAACAUUUGAAAUAUUAUUCCAAUAGUGUACAUCAAAUUUAUUGAGUUAUAGGUGUAGUUAUAUGGUCCAAUAUAAAUACGCACGAUGUCAAUCACAAAAAAUGAAUAAAAAAUGUAUUACUUUGUUUAAAAUAA